CGCUAGCGUGACGUCAGCAGCGCCAUGUUGGUAGAGUUGCGUCAGGAUCAAGUCAGCUAGAAAAGCGACCUUUAUAAUCAUGGAAAUUACUCUCUGACAACGGUGAAAUUAAUAUUUAAAGGUGUGGCUGUGACCUUCGGUUGCAAGAAGGCAUCCGGAGACCAUGUUGGCUCGUCUGUUCAGGCUCCAUGGCCUGCUGGUGGCCUCCCACCCGUGGGAGGUUAUAGUGGGGACCCUCGCUCUCACCGUCUGCCUCGUGUCUAUGAACAACCUGGCCACCAGCAGCCAGAUGUGCAGCUGGAAUGAGUGUCCCAAAGUUGAGGAGAAAGUCCACAGCAGUGAUGUCAUCAUCCUAACGAUCACACGCUGUAUGGCCGUGGUUUAUAUCUAUUUCCAGUUCAAGAAUUUGCGACAACUGGGCUCUAAAUAUAUACUGGGUAUUGCGGGGGUAUUCACAGUGUUUUCCAGCUUUGUUUUCAGCACAGUGGUGAUCCACUUCUUCGGGAAAGAGCUGACAGGUCUUAAUGAAGCUUUGCCGUUCUUCCUCCUGCUCAUAGACCUGUCCAAAGCCUGCACAUUGGCUAAAUUUGCCCUCAGCUCAAACUCUCAGGAGGAGGUGAGGGAGAACAUCUCUCAGGGCAUGGCCAUCUUGGGACCCACCUUCACCCUGGAUGCUCUGGUUGAGUGUCUGGUCAUUGGGAUUGGAACCAUGUCAGGUGUCCCUCAGUUAGAGAUCAUGUGUUGUUUCGGCUGUAUGUCUGUCCUCGCCAAUUAUGUCGUCUUCAUGACCUUCUUCCCUGCCUGUGUCUCCCUGGUCCUGGAGCUGUCCAGGGAGAGUCGUGAGGGCCGUCCCAUCUGGCAGCUCAGCCACUUCGCCCGUGUGCUGGCUGAAGAAGAGGACAACAAGCCCAAUCCUGUCACCCAAAGGGUUAAAAUCAUCAUGUCUCUGGGCCUGGCCUUGGUACAUGCACACACUCGACUAGCAGCGGAGCAUCCGGGUCAGAACCGCUCAGCGGAGGGCUCCGUAGCGAAGAGUGGACCGGGUUCUGCUGGGACCACCUGGCCUCUGAAGCUCAGCAGUAUGGACCUGGAGCAGGUUAUAACGCUCGGCCUCGCCCUGCUCCUCGCUGUCAAGUACGUCUUCUUUGAGCAAAGUGAGACGGAGUCUUCUCUGUCCCUCAUGAGUCCCAGUAUCAGCUCUCCUCUGACCCAGAAGUCCAGGCUGACGGGGGACUCCUGCAGGAAGGACCUCAGAGCUCUGAAACCGUCCAUGAACGGGUUCAUACCUAACCACGCCGCCUCGCCAGCUGUGUCCGUCUCUAAACUUUCCCCUGAGGCCGACAUGGUGUCAGGAAAGAAGGAGACUCCAGCUGCACCAGUGGAGAAUGGAGCCUGUGCUCCAUGUUUUGAGGAUUCUCCUGCUCCGACUACUUGUGUUCCUCCAAGUAGCUGCAGUUCAGACGCCCGAACACUGGAGGAAUGUAUGAGCAUCCUCUCAGAUCCUCAGAGGGGGCCCAGCUGUCUGAGUGAUAAAGAGGUGAUGAACCUGGUGACUUCCCGUAACAUCCUGAACUAUAAACUGGAAGCUGUGUUGGAGACUCCAGAGAGGGGCGUGGCCAUCAGGAGGGAGAUGCUUUCUCCUAAACUGCCUGUUAGCUCUGCGCUGGCUUCUCUGCCUUAUAAGGACUACGACUAUUCUAAGGUGAUGGGAACCUGCUGUGAGAACGUCAUUGGCUACAUGCCCGUGCCGGUAGGAGUGGCUGGUCCUCUUCUGUUGGAUGAGAAGCAGCUGUACGUUCCCAUGGCGACCACAGAGGGCUGCCUGGUCGCCAGCACCAACAGAGGCUGCAGGGCGCUUUCUCUGAGUGGGGGCUGCCGCAGCAGGAUCCUGGCUGACAGUAUGACCAGGGGUCCUGUGGUCAGGCUGCCCUCGGCGUGCCGGGCUGCAGAGGUCAAAGUCUGGCUGGAGACCUCGGACGGGUUCAGCCUGAUCAAAGACGCUUUCGACCAGACCAGCAGGUUUGCUCGUCUGGAGAAGCUGCUGGUCGGUUUGGCGGGAAGGAACUUGUACAUUCGCUUUGAGUCUCAGACGGGGGACGCCAUGGGCAUGAACAUGGUCUCCAAGGGCACUGAGAAGGCUCUGCAGCGGCUGCAGCAGCAGCAUCCAGACCUGGAGGUGCUGUCGGUCAGCGGGAACUACUGCACCGACAAGAAGUCUGCAGCUAUAAACUGGAUCCUGGGCCGCGGGAAGUCUGCUGUGUGUGAGGCCACAAUCCCUGCCAAGGUGGUCCGGGAGGUGUUGAAGAGCAGCACAGCGUCUCUGGUGGAGCUGAACAUCAACAAGAACCUGGUGGGCUCGGCUCUGGCCGGCAGCAUCGGGGGCUUUAAUGCUCAUGCUGCUAACAUCGUAGCAGCCAUCUACAUCGCCUGUGGACAGGACCCGGCUCAGACGGUGGGGAGCUCCAACUGCAUCACCCAGAUGGAGGCUGCUGGUCCUCAGGGGGAGGACCUGUACAUCAGCUGCACCAUGCCCUCCAUCGAGCUGGGCACCGUGGGAGGAGGCACCAACCUGCCUCCACAGCAGGCCUGUCUGCAGAUGCUUGGUGUCCAGGGAACCAGCUCCAGCCAGCCGGGUGAGAAUGCCCGGCAGCUGGCCCGGGUGGUCUGUGGCACCGUGCUGGCAGCAGAACUCUCCCUGAUGGCCGCUCUCGCUGCCGGACACCUCGUCAAGAGCCACAUGACCCACAACAGAUCUGCAACAAACCUGACAGAAACACCUUCGUCUAAAUCGAUGACAUAAAAUAUCGACAGUCCAUCUUAGAGUCGGCCGGACUGAAGAAUCGCUCCAGUUAACAAAACUAAGAGGACUGAAGUGUCUCCUAAUGACUGACGUGGAUCUGAAGGGAACUUUAAAGACUAAAAACAAAAGCCAACACAUGCUGAAGACGUUUUUCCUUCCUGUGUGUCGCCCCACUGACUGCAUCAAGACUUUUUGGGUUGAGACCGCUACUUAUUUGUCUGCAAGUGAGCAUUGCAGGAGUGCUUUUUUUUUUUGUUGGCGCUGAUCUUUCAGAAAACUGUGAAUAUUGAUGUUGGACUGGUGAUCUCCACCGUGCUGCAGAGUCUCUAACAUGAAUCCUGUGCCUCUUAAGAGUUGUACGGCCAAAAGCAAAUCGCUUCUCUUAUCAUAAUGAAGUAAGAACUGCUCUAACUGAUCAUUGCACUCGCCAAAAGCUGUUACUGCUGCAGGGAACAGCUGCUCAAGUUUAAAAUGCCAACUUUCUGCCUGAAUGUAUGUGGAACUGAGUCAGUGUUGGAGGAAGCACUUGCACAAGCCUUCCUGUUUUAAGGUGCUGCAGUUACUGUAGAAUGACUUGGUUGGACAAAUUGUUACAGACAGGUUGAUAUUUUUGUGUUAAGUUUGAAUAUUAUGUUUAUACUGGAAAAUCAAAGCCAUAUUCGCUAAUUUAAUAUACUUCAAUGGUACACUAAUAUACAGUACAGGCCAAAAGUUUGGACACACCUUCUCA